AUGGACUACGGGCCAGAAUGUCACGAGACUUCAGAGUGUCAAGAGUCUCCAGGGUGUGAAGAGUCGACAGAGUCAAAUAUGAAGGGGCACACAGCCUAUUGGAUCCUAACAAUAUUUUUUGCUGUAUUAAUACUACAACAAACAGUUUUAGUAAGCGGUAAGACCAUUUCCCAGAAAGAUGGAAAAUCAUCGACAAAUUCAGAAAAUAAGGACGAUUCGGAUUUAGAGGGAGCGGAGACGUCGUAUAAUUGCCCUUACAGACAUAACUUGGGAAACUGGUACCACUCUUUUACGUAUUUUCCACGACCAGUCACGAGAUUUCCGGCCAGGUAUACUGGCUUUGGUUUUGGCGUCGGACCAAAUGUGACGUAUAACAUUCAUCAGGAAAUUAUGUGCGGCAGCACUUUUCCACGAAGAUGUGAAAUCUCCCGAUACCGAACGUACGACGGCUCCUGCAAUAAUCUUCAAAAUCCCACAUGGGGCAUGGCGAACACAAGAUACGGACGUCUGUUACCUGCAAAUUAUGGCGACCGAAUUCGAGCACCCACGAAGUCAGUCAGUGGAGCAGAAUUACCACUUUCUCGAUUGGUCAGCUUCACGCUAUUUCCCCCCGUGGAUAUUAACGAUUCACUGUGGACAUUAGCAGCAAUGCAAUGGGGACAAAUUAUUACUCAUGACAUGGCAAUGAUUGACGGAUCUACUCAGUCCAAACCACACGUGAUACAAUGUUGUACCGACAAUGGACAAUUAGUAGAGCCACUACAGCUUCACGGUCAAUGCUACCCAAUACUCAUUCCUUACGAUGAUCCUGUCUACAGCAAGGCCAACACACAGUGUCUUAACUUCGUUCGUAGUACGACUGACCUUGACCGCGGUUGUUCCUCGCUGUCCAAACCAGCAGAACAGUUGACCGUAGUUACACACUUCUUGGACCUUUCCCUGGUGUACGGAAACAGCGAUCAGAUGGCGGCUGACUUGAGGGCUGGCGCUGGCGGUCGUAUGAAUGUAGAUAUUCGACAUAAUAGGGAAUGGCCACCCGCGGCAGUCAAUAAAAGUCAACUCUGCGAAACUACGGAUCCUAGCGAAAUCUGCUAUCAAACUGGUGACACUCGAGCUAACCAGAACCCUCAACUCACCAUUCUGCAAAUAAUACUGCUCAGGGAGCAUAACCGCGUCGCCGAUGCGUUAGCACAUUUGAAUCCACAUUGGACGGACGAGACUAUUUUCCAAGAGACACGACGCAUCGUAAUUGCAGAAAGCCAACACAUUUCGUACUAUGAAUGGCUGCCAUUGUUCUUAGGCAAUCAGGCUACUUCCGGCAACAAGAUCGUAUACAAUACAAACGAUUACGUGAACGACUACGAUCCAAAUGUGAAUCCAAACGUUCUGAACGAACAUUCGACCGCAGCUUUCAGAUAUUUCCAUUCUCUUAUCGCCGGUUUCCUUAAUCUGGUGACUGAACAUCGAUUAACGAACGGUUCCUUGAGGCUCAGCGAUCAUCUCAACAGGCCAGGCAUCAUCGAGGAAAGUGACAACAUGGACGGACUGACGAGAGGCAUGUCUUAUCAGCCUGAAAAAGCGAGCGAUCAGUUCUUCGAUGCGGAGAUUACAGAAUUCUUGUUCAGAGGCGGAAGACCGCUAGGGUCUGAUCUUCGAGCAACAGACAUACAGAGGAAUCGCGAUCACGGUCUCGCGUCGUAUAACAGUUUCCGCGAGUAUUGCGGUUUCCCCAGAGCACAAACCUUUAGAGAUUUCCUUGACCAUAUUUCUCCUUCGAAUGUGGAAAAGUUGUCACAAUUGUAUGCCAGUCCUGAGGACGUCGAGCUAACCGUUGGCGGAUCGUUAGAGAGACACGUGCCAGGCACACUUUCCGGCCCAACGUUCUUAUGUAUUCUCAUUAGACAAUUUUAUCGAACUCGCGUGGGUGAUCGUUACUGGUAUGAAAGGGGUAACCAUGAAUCAGCAUUUACUAUAGAACAAUUGAAUGCAAUACGAAAAAGCAGUGUAUCUAGGUUAUUCUGUGAUAAUGGAGAUCACAUUACGCACAUGCAGUUAAGAGGGUUCGAACAAGUAUCUACAAUGAAUCCCAUUAUGAACUGCGCUGAUAUUCCAUCGGUAGAUCUUUCGUUAUGGAAAGAUUAUGCACCGGAAAUAACAAGUCAUCAACAUAUACACUUUCCGCAAUUUAAAAAGUGA